AUGACGUUCUAUUCUCAACUCUUCACGUCCAAGCGGGGGCCUCUUGCCAAAAUUUGGUUGGCAGCACACUGGGAGAGGAAACUCUCAAAGGCCCAUGUAUUUGAAUGCAAUUUAGAAACAACCAUCAGAGACAUAAUUUCCCCAAAGAUGAAAAUUGGUUUACGGACAUCUGGUCAUCUGCUCAUUGGUGUGGUCAGGAUCUAUUCCAGAAAAGCAAAGUAUCUCCAUGCAGACUGCAGUGAUGCCCUGGUUAAAAUUAAAACUGCAUUCAGACCAGGUCAGAUAGAUAUGCCUGUGGAGGGACUUGAGGCUACAAUAAAGGCAAUUACCCUGAUAGAAGAUUUCACUUCCUUUGAUGCCCAGCUGCCAGACCAAAGUAACAUAGAUGUCGUGGACCACUUUUCACUGAACCAGAGUCGAUCAGAGGAAAUCACUUUGAAAGAGGAUUUUGGAAAUGGCUUUCUGAACUUGGUAGAUUUUGGAGAUGAGUCCCAGAGCCACAGGUUUGGGCUACUGGAUGUGAGCUUCCAGAGCCUGACUCAACAUGCUGACGCCUUUGGGGAUGAGGACAAAGGGUUGGACCUACUCGACUUUCUGACAGACUUCAGUGAUCACACUGAGUCUACCGAGUUCAUCCCAGAAGUGCCUCAAAAGGAAAAUCCAGAGAUGUCUGCACUCAAUUAUCAACAAGAUGCUGACAGAAUGGAGGUUGAGACCCCUACACUGAAUGAGACCACCCUGCUUGCUAAUGAGGAGAAGGCCUUUGCCCUUGAACCUGUGGCCAUCACUCCAAACUCAGAGAAGAAGAAAGUGAAGAGAAAACGCAAGUUGGUUGUGGACCAGACUAAAGAGCUGAGCAAUGAAUUCAUCAGAGAGCAGCUUUCUGACUAUUCAGAUCUGAUCGGCCCCUUUGAUAUGGCCCCGCCAACCCUGCAGCUCAUGCAGUGGAGGGAGAGCGGAGGUGCAGACAAACUCUUUGCACAGCCGUGUUCCACUGUAGUAGCUCCACAGAUAAUGGAGCUGUUUGCCAAGAGUGUUUUCCAGGUGAAAUAUGAUGUGUGUGAGGAGGUUGAAAUGAUGCGCCAAGAUAGACAGGAAGUUCAGAGGGACAUGAGCACCCUCACCACAAGCAACAUCAGUGUCCCAUAUUCAUCAGUAGAUCCUGAGAGAACACACAACACCGAGCUGACGAUCCUUGAUCACAUGAAUGACAGUCAACAUGAUGAUUACUCCGAGCUCACACAAGAUGAGAAUAGGUCAGAGUUCACUCAUCCAGAACUUCCAUCUGAAGAUUCCAUGUUUGUCCAUCCAUCUUUCAAGCAGCAGGAGGCUCGGAUAACUUCCCUCCACACUCAGUCUAUGCUGGACAGCCAGGACUUUGAGAACAGGAAGAUAACCGAGCUUGCACAGAAGCUUCUGAACACCAUGAAAAGCAACAAUGGCACCACAUUCAGCCUGGAGGCACUAUGUGAAGGAGGGACUCGCUCGCAGGCUGCAACCACUUUCUUCUGCCUCCUGGUCCUGAAAAAUCAAAAAGCCCUUGACUUGCACCAGAGCGCACCCUAUGAGGACAUCUUUGCCACACCUGGGCCCAACUUCGGUGAUUAG